UGUCAACUUGCCCUAGGCACACUUUAGAAACCGGCAGUCCGUCUGCCAAUUCGCCUUGUCGCGCGUAUAAUUAUUUAUUGUUUACCAUAAUUAAACAUCAGUGUUUAUACUUACACUUGCAGUGCUCUUCCUCUUCGACAUCGACAUCGACAUAGACAUCAACAGCUGGAUGCAUACAAAUUAAUAGGAGGCAAUUAGCCGAAAAGCAAAACAAACACAUAAAACUUAAUUCAAUGGAUUAUAUCAAUGUGCAAAAUGAAAGACUAGGGCCAGAUGGACCAAAUGGACAUUAAUAAAGCCCGGAAAUUGAUAUGUGCACUGUAAACUGAAAUUGAAAUUGAACAACAAAAUGUGUUAACUUGAAAAUCAGUUUUUAGAGAAAUAUUCUUGAGUGCUUUUGAGGCAAAAUCAGCUAUAGUGCCUACUGAAGAAGUUCGUCCAGAAGUCACCACAGUGCGCAUUAAUAAUUCUCAUAUUCCCUAAACACAAACUGUAAACAGUCUCUGUGCUCUGUUUGACAGAUGGACAGACAGACAACGUAGUGUGUGAAGUUGAAGUGUUUAUUGAAUGUGCCAAAAAUGUUGCCUGUCUGCCACUGCGACUAAACGGCACCCGUAUUGCCCGACUCCGACCCCGAACCGGAACCCGAACCCAAAACAAAUUAUGUUGGUUCGCAAACUGCCCAGCGAAAUGACACAGCGUCUUAUUCAUACAAUCAGGCGACAUGGACUUGGACUUGGACUUAAGUUGGUCCAAUCUCGAAAGCCAUACCAAAGGCCAAGUGGACGGGCCGCCCAAUCAGUUGGUUGUUGGAUCUCGCUGGGAUUUGGUCUGAUGCUCAUACUAUCAACUUUGGAGAUGUUUGAAUGCUCCUUGCGAAAUGUGAACCUAAUCAUUGAACCGCCGGCUGUUCGACGAGGACAACACGUUGUCCUACGCUGCAUGUACGAUCUGGAGGGAGCUCCGCUCUACUCGGCCAAGUUCUAUCGUGGUCAAUUAGAGUUCUACCGCUAUACGCCCGGCGAGUUUCCCAACACAAAAGUGUUUCCAUUUCCUGGGAUACACGUUGAUGUAACCAGCUCAAAUGCCACCCAAGUUCUCAUACGCAAUGUGGGCUUUGGCCUUUCUGGCAACUUUUCAUGUGAAGUUACCGCCGAUGCACCGCUUUUUUCUACAGCUACUGCGCUGGGCACAAUGCAGGUUGUUGAGCUGCCGGACAAGCGUCCUCAGUUAUACACGGAGCAUACGCGUUAUGAGCCCGGCGAUGUCCUGCGUGCUAAUUGCAGCACACCCCCUUCACGUCCACGCGCAGAGCUCCAGUUUACAAUCAACAAUAUGGUGAUCUUAAGUUCGGAGUCUCAGUUUAUUCGAACAAUUGAUAAUCUGAUUGCAUCACGCAUUUCGCUGAAGCUGCAGUUACAGGGUGUGCAUUUCUCCAGCGUCAACCCUGCCAUCUAUAAUGGCGGUUAUGGCAUGAACUCAAUAUAUAGCCAUGGUGGACCCAUAUUUGUGCCUAAUCCGGGGGGCUUGGUACUACGCUGCACCGCACAAGUUGGCGAUUUAUAUCAGGAGUACAAAGAAAUCGAAUUGGGCACACCGCAAAAGGAUCCGGUGCCCGCCAGAGUUACGCACUCUUCCGGCUCAAGCAUGAGAAACUUCUUCAGCACAUAUUUCUCCACAUCGGCAGCACCACGGUGUCAUGGCGGCGCCUUCCUGUCGCCAUUGUAUAUGGCAUUGGCUACAAUAGCGUUUCUAAUCAGUGGCCAUGCCCGACUUGGCCAUAUGGACCGUCGUCUAGUUCACAGUUCACAGUUAACUUCCACUUCCACUGACGUCCAACGACCUAUCGCACAUUCCUUGUCUUCGGAGAUUCUGCUUGAUGACCUCAACAGUGUGGGGACAAUUAGCUUCAGGCCUCGUUAGAUAACAGUGUUGGCAUUUUAUUAAUUAGUAAUUACAUUUAAAUAUACUUUGUAUUCAAAUAAAAUUAAGAAAGUCUGUAUAUGUGUGUUUAACUUUAAUUGGAGUUAAUUACUUUUAAUUCUAAUCAUGAUUUGUGUUUAAUUACCUCUACAUUUUUAAAUGUGGUGUCUAUACUAGCGAGUUCAAAACGAAAUUACUGUUAAGAACACAUUUAAACUUAGCAUAGUAUAUAGAAAACAUGGAUUUUAAUGCAUCCAUUUCAAUACAAAACCAAAUUAUAAUAUUACUUAUUAAAUGUGCAAACUAGCAAGAAUCUAAAGAUAUGUGUUGAUAAUGAAAUGAUUUAAAGAUAUAAACCCAAAUAACUGUAAAAUAUAUUAAGCAAAUUAAUAAUUAAAUUGAAUAGAAACUUGUGAAAUAAUCGCCUAGAAAGGGCAUAUUGUGAAUGGUGGUGAAAUUGAAUAAAAUAAAAAUAAAAAAAACAGUGUUAAUUUUAA